GAAAAUAAAUAUAAAAAUCUUACUCAUGACCGAAAUUGUUUUUUUACAGAUACGAAGAAGCCCGCGGGUGGUGGUGGUUUGAUGGGGAUGCCGAUGACCCCCGGUGGUGGUGGAGGGAAAUUCAACACGGUCGCCGCGCGGCCCAACAGUGGCGCCUCAGACAGAAACAUUCCAAACUCAUGGAACCGGAGCCAUGACGAUAGUGAAUCCAGUAACUCUAUGGGAGGCGGUGGUGCCCCAAUGGGUUUAGGAGGAUUAUUCGCUGGUGGAAUGCCAAAACUUAAGCCCACAAAAGGAGGAGUGAAUAUUCCACAGAGGACAAAGUUGUCUAAUGGACCUGUGCCAAAUGGACCUUCAAAUAUUGGUGGGGGACCACCCCCACCCCCUUCCAUACAAAACAAACCCUCAUUUAAUGGACCUUCUGUGAGACCCAACUUCAGUAAUGGACCCUUAGGAAGGGGGGUAGGGGGCCCACCACCUCCACCCCCUUCACAAAAUAAACCCACUCUGAAUGGGGAUUUGGUUGGUCGACCAGGCCCCCCUCCUCCCCCUCCCCAAACUAGCAAACCUGAUUUAAGUGACAGUGUUUCAAGGCCUAGUGCAGGCCCGCCCCCUCCUCCCCCACAAACGAGUAAACCUGAUUUUAGUGACAUUCCUCGACCUGGGUCAGGACCCCCAAAACCUCCCCCACAGAAUCGAAAACCUGGUCUUCCGGGACCACCACCAGCACCACCAAAUUCUUUAAAACCUAGAGCAGAUGAUAGUGCACAAAAUGGAUUAAGUGGAGGAAUGCCUCGAGGGGUGCCACCUCCCCCUCCCUCACGACCGCCACCUGGUGGAGGGAAAUCUAGGCCAUCUUCUGGCUCCCAGAGGUCAUCACAGGUCAGACCGCCAUCUGUGGGGCCACCUCCCCCACCACCCACACUGCCUAACAACAGACCACCCAGCAUGGUGGGCAGGCCUCUUCCACCCCCACCCCCAGGUGUAGGCGGUUCUGCAGUACCCCCUCCUCCCUCGUCGAGGCCACCUCCACUUCCCAGAAACAGUGGAUCCAAUCCACAGCUGGACCGCCCCUCCCAGCCCCCUCCCCCUCCCAUGAGGACCACUUCCAGCACCCCUCAUCUAGGAGCCUCACAGCAAAGUAGACGGCCGGGCGGCCCCCCACCCCCUCCUGCCAGGGGACCCAAUGUUGGUGCUAGCAUGCAGCCUCCCCCUCCCCCCGUCAGGCGGUCUUCGGGGAAUUACUCGGGAGAUAAUGACGAUUUUGAUAACAGAUUCCGGUUUCAUAAUGGAAAUGAGUUACCUCCUCCUGAACCAUAUAUGGGCUCAAACAAAAGCUAUCCUAGCAAAAAUCCUAGAAAUCAAGCUAAUCAAAGAGCCCCACCACCCCCGCCUCCAAAAUAAUAGGAUCCACCCAGCAACUGCUUUUAUCCAGUCACAGUAGAGCUCUCCAAUGUGUGCUGUUGAUAGACUUUCAUGCAGGAAAAGGGAGGGACUGAAAACAAUCUGUUGAUCAGAUUGUCAGCAAGAGACCACACCCACUGGUCAUUAUAAUCAUGGAACAAUAUGCACCUUUUCUGUCAAUCAGUUUGAUUGACAGAUGGAUAUAUUUCUCUUUUUUAUCAUAAUUCCUGUUGAUCUAAAGGACAAUAUCAGGAAUUUUCUCAGUCUUUCAGCCGUUUUACAUGCUUCUUUGUCUUUCUGUAUUGAAAAAGAGACAUGAAGCAAGCAUCUGAGAAUUUACAGGUUUUAGUCUAUCCUGGACGUGAAUGUAUAAUUUGUAUCCAAGUUGACAAAUAGCAUAAGAGCUGCCUAAUGUAUGAAUUUCUUUCUCUCUAACAGAUCUUUUUUGUGUAUAUUUCACAAAAUACUUGUACCAGAAUUUCUUAAUGUAUGCGCACUUGUUAAUUUUACAAUAUGUUGAGAAAUAAUUAUAUGGAAUCAAAAG